AUGCGGAGGUGGUUGUGCUGUACCUGUCAAGUCGAAGAAUCUUACCACUCAAAUGAAAACGGAUUGACGAAAAGCCACAGUGCCAAUGCUGAUGGGCACCAAAAGGACAAAGUACCACCUCCUGUCAAAUUCGAUGCGCAAAAACCCGUGCCAACAAUCGAGGUGCCUGGACUUUCACUGGAUGAACUGAAAGAAAAAACCGAGAACUUUGGAUCAAAAGCAUUGAUCGGUGAAGGUUCAUAUGGAAGAGUUUAUUUUGCAAAUUUAAAUAAUGGUAAAAGUGUGGCUGUCAAAAAGCUUGAUGUUUCUACCGAGGCUGAAUCAGAUAACGAGUUUUUGACUCAGGUUGCGAUGGUCUCAACAUUGAAGCAUGAGAAUCUUGUUGAGCUAUGUAGUUACUGUGUGGAAGGAAAUACGCGUGUCUUGGCUUAUGAAUUCGCAACCAUGGGAUCUCUACAUGACAUAUUGUACGGUACAAGAACAUUUGUUUUUUACUUCGAUUUUCAUGUUUAACUAGAUUCCCUGCGUUGCGGCUGCAACUCCAUGUUUAUAACUUUAACGUGUGGUCUCCACUCGUGAUAUGGCACGUUUUUUACUUUGUUAAACACAUUACGUUAGUGACAUUAACGUGGUUAGGCACAGAUAAAAAGAGUAUAAUGUCUCCUAUAUUGUGGUGUAAAGUCGCAAAAGUAAUUUAAACAAAAUAAUUGAAGUGUUAGAGAAGAUGAGGUGUAAAGUUAUUAAGUAGAAAUCAAGGGUCAAAGUUGUUAAUUAACAAAAGUUAGAUAUCAAUGUGUCAUUUACCAAAAGAUUGGGGUUGAAUGUGUAAAGUGUAUAAAUUAGGGGAUUAUAAAAGUUGAAAUUUAGUUGGUGUCGAGUUUUAAAAUAUAUAUUUAUGCAGGAAGGAAGGGUGUGCAAGGAGCGCAACCGGGGCCCGUGCUUGAUUGGAUGCAGCGCCUAAAGAUUGUUGUUAAUGCAGCAAAAGGACUCGAUUAUUUGCAUGAAAAGGUCCAGCCGUCAAUAAUUCACAGAGAUGUUAGGUCUACCAACGUGCUACUAUUUGAGGAUUUAAGAGCCAAGAUUGCCGAUUUCAAUUUUUCGAAUCAAGCACCUGAUAUGGCUGCUCGUUUGCAUUCUACUCGUGUGUUGGGAACAUGCCAUUUCUUGGACUUUACAAAUAAGCAUGUGUUUUUUGCUGGUAGAUUAUGUUAGUGCUUGAUAGAUUAUGUUAUUUAGGAUAGAAUUAAAAAAAAACUUUGAAGGUUUAUUGACUUUACAAAUAAAAGCCAAGGAUUGGAAUUUUA